AUAUGGUUUUUGUGUGUGCUGAAACUAUCGGCUUUGGGCGAGUAAUCGGGGAAUUAGAUAAUUUGGUUAUUUCUCCCGGGGAAAAAUUUUUCCAUGACCCUAUGUUAGGCAGUCCUAUGGCGCGAAUGAAACCAGCUAAUGAACCUUCUAUUGGCCAUUCCCAACAAAAAAUUUUGAAAUCCCAGGUAUGGUUUUAA